CUGACCUCUCUGCGGCUCGGACGCUGUCAGUGAGAAGUCUGGUUAGUGUGGAGAGUUCUACUUCCGGUAAAGGUUUGAGGUUGCGGAGAUGCUGGCUCGAUUUGGCUGGAGGGGGAUCCCACUAGCGGUGCAGGUCUGUGAAAAGACAUCUCCAUUAUCCUAUGCAAGUAAGCAGAGGCUAUUUCCAGGUGUGUCCUCGGGGCUCAACAUAAAGAGAUGCAUUUUUACACCACACGAGGCAGCUCUGCGGUUGACUUUCCCAAACCUAAUCCACAAAGUGGAGAUUCACACCUCUAACUCCCAUCUAAAGAAGAGGAAAGUUCAGGAAGAACCUGAGCCCCGGGAGCUGGAUCUGCUGAGAUAUGACAUGCGAUCUCUUAAAGACGCUCCAAAGCCCGCUCUUUACUUAGGAUUGGGAGGUCUAAUUCCCUUUGUUGCUGCUCCUCUCGUCAUGAACGCAACCGCUUGCUACUACCCAGAGGUGGCCUUUGCGCAGGUGGCAUACGGAGCUUCCAUACUGUCCUUCCUUGGCGGUGUCCGCUGGGGGUUUGCCAUUCCAGAGGGCAGCCCUGCCAAGCCUGAUUGGAAGAACCUCGCCAACAGCACAGUGCCCGCUCUCUUGGCCUGGCUGGCAUUACUCUUCAGGGAAGACCUAUCGGAGUCGACGUUUUUUGUAAUCAUGGGCUUAGGAAUUGCUUUGCAUUACGAUCUCUCUCUGCUCCCAACCUACCCGCCAUGGUUUAAGGCACUGAGAGCUAUUCUAACCUUAGUAGCUAUACUUUCUCUAGUAGGCACUUUAGCAUUUUCAAGUGUAUAUCCUCACAAAUCCUUGAACAUGAAGACAACCUGAACUUUGACCCACACCCUACAUAUACAUUUUUAGAAGCGUUUGUAAAAUAAAACAUAUUUACAAAGUC